GAAGGGUUAAAAGGAGGCUCUUUGGAAAUCGGAUGCCAGGGAGUCUCCAGAAAGGCUGCGCCUCCGCCUUCUCUUCCAGCCUCUCUCUUAGGGGUCAGGCGGCUGUUUCUGGGUCGAAAAUCACUCCCAGCAACGUCGUUUCUUUGGAUUUGGUUGUGGAAUCCGAGAAGAAAGUUCUUCCCAAGCGACUGGGUUUUUGUUCUUCUGUUAGGAUCCGGGGCGCCUCCUCUUUGGACCCAGAGGCUGGAUUCACAGAGUUCCAAGGACACAUAUAAAUGUGACCAGAGAUGCUGUUGGGACAGCCCAGCUGGACUUGCUGUUGCUGGCUUGUUGUGUGCUUUUGGUUUCUGACUGGAGAGGGAAGAGACGUUAGCACCGAACUCUGUAGAAGCCCCCCAUGUAGCAGGAGCAGCCAGGAUGAGCAACCACCUGGCAGACAGCUGUGCCAAGGAUCCCAUUGCUCAGGCAGGGCAAAUCGCUCCUCCCGUACUUUUGCCCACAUGGGCACCUUUGUGCGAGGACAACCCCACAGCAAGCUAUACCUAUCUGUCCAACAACAGCAGGAGCAAUAUCCUCUUGUGGGGAGAGGUGUUGAACAUGCAUCUCUGGCCAUGAAGAACACAAGGGAGAAUUGCCCAGGAGGAGGAGACUGCACCCCAAGGGCUCCGAAUGGCACUGCCCAGAAUUGCAAAGGCUUUGAGUGUAGGCUGGCCCUGCGCAUUCGCCAGAAGCCCAGACUAGCUGGUCAGGCUAUGCCAUGCUCACCGAACCAGGGAGAAGGAUGUCCUGAACCCACACUGGUCAGAGCAGCUGAGAUAGCUGCCCAGUUCAUUGGGGAAGACCUUGCUUACACAGCGUCGGAUUUAGGAGGUGGCGCUCUAGGCGUUCAGCUUACGUGUGAUGUUAAACCAGGAGAAAACGAAGUCCCAUCAGAAGAUGCACUUGUGCUUCAGCUCCAGCUUACCAAAGGGCAAGAGAAAUUUGUUGAAGCUUUGAAGAGCCAGCAGACGUUAAUGAUGGAUUUACAGCAAAAACUAAUGGAGCAACAGAAUGUAUUGGCCACUCAGCAGCUGGAAAUUAUUGAACAACAAAGGAAAAUGUAUGAGCAAAUGGACCUGAUCAAGGUCCAGUAUGGCAUGCUUUUUGACACAGUGAAACAAAUGUCAUUUCAGGGUCUGCAAGAGGAUAUUCAGCAUUAUUUUGAAGCCAAUCUCCAAGGCCUCCAGAACCAAGCCAGGAAUCAUCUCCAGAAAUCCUACUCUGUGCAUAAAAUAGAAGUUGAUGCAAAAGUGAUUGAUAUUGGAGAACCUUUAAUGGACUGUGGCCUUUGUGAAAGUGAUGAAUUUUGCAAUUUCCAAAAUACACCCUCGCAAUGUGAAAAAUGCACCUUAUGUCCUGCUGGUUUUUUCCAGCUGUCUGAGUGUUCUUCAAAUGCUGAUCGGAUAUGUCAGGACAGAGAUGAGUGCGUUGAAUCACCAAGCAUCUGUGGGGAAAAGAUAAAAUGCCUGAACACUCCAGGAGGAUUCCGGUGUCUUGGGAUUGCAGAAAAAGAAGCUGCUUUGGGACUGUGUGGUGAGGAGUACUUCUUUAACAAAGAGCUACAGGAGUGUCAAGCAUGUCUUAUAUGUGAUACUGGGGUGGUCGCUUUCCCUUGCUCCACUGUAAGUGAUACCGUUUGUUCAACAGCCAGUGAAAGCAAGUUGUCUGAGUCAUGGGCUGCAAACCUUGUUUUCCCCUUGACAAAAUUUGGCACAUCUCAAGUCUAUCCCGGUUUCAAUUUGCCCAUCAAGGCAAAACAGGAAUGCAACAUUGGAACAGUGGCAAGCAACAGCUUAAUAUUCAAGCAACAUGGCUUAAUGUGGGCUGACUUCAAUUUUGCUGUGAAACACAGCUGCAGGAAUUUCCUCCAACUUUCUCUCAAAGUCAACAACAGUGAGGAAGGCUAUGAGCUGAGUGGGGUUCGUAUCGAACAGCCAGAAGGUAAAAUUUUCCAGGGCGUCAGCUUGAGUGGUGCUGCAGAGGUAGAGCCGAGCCAAACUCUCUCAGUGUUUUUGAAGAGCCCUAAUCAAUUCUGCAACCAAAGCAAAGAUUUAAACAUUUAUGACCUCAACACACCCUUCAGUUUGUUUUGGUUAUCACAUGAUACAGGAGCCGUGGCCAUGACUGCACAGACUACUACGGCGAUGCAUUACCAAAACAGCUAUCGACCCACCUUUAAAUUAGGUUCUGUUUCUGAUCCUUACAUGCUAACGUUGUCCCAUGAUGGGAAAGCCAUCAAGUUUACUGAAACUGGUGUUGUAAAGUUUGUGUUUCACCAAGCCUUAUACUCCAUGGGUCAGACCUGUGUCCGUGAAGGUUUUUCACUGGUUUCUUAUCUCAACAGAAAUGGCACCAAUUCAGAAUUGAUGACCGUUUAUAAGUCUGGUGUCAAUUACAGAGACACAUCAAUAUCUGCCUCCGGGGCCACCAGAGUUGGAGCUGGGGAUCUUAUUAGUUUUGAGAUCCUUUCACCAGCACAAUGCAAUGUUCGUUAUUUUGGAGAUGGUUCUGGAAUUAGCAUGCUUAGCCUCAUCUGGAUCCCAUCUGCGGUGUCUGCUGCUCUUUCAGCCUCAGUUUCCAUUAAGGGGCUGCCCACAGGAGCUGUCAGGAACAAGUUACUGGAUUUUAUGCAGGUCUCACCCAUUGAGAAGCAGGUCUAUCUGAUAUCUACUGGACAGCAUGCUCAGAAAUAUGUUUUGUUCACUGAAAGUGGAGUAGCCAGUGUUGCAUUGACUUUAAAGCUGAUCCACUCCUGUAACAUGCUCCAAGUAACUCUAAACCAGUUCACUGGUGAUCAUGUGCAACCUCAUGCAAUUGCCCAGCAAGUUGGAGGUCAAAUGCCAGAAGGAAGCAUCUGGACCAGUGUUAGCUUUCACUUUUCUUUUGAAGUUCACAAUGGUACAAUGAUAUCUAUUUCUCUUGAUUGUGUGCGUGGAAGAAUCAACCAUAUUGCUCAUGGACCUGGAACCAGCCUAUCUGUCUUAUGGAUUUCAUCCUAGCAAAUCCCAGGAUGAAACUAAAAUGUAACCAGAUGAAUGUUAGGAUUAUGGAACUAUGAGGAGGAACAUCCAGUAAGACUGUGUUGGUCGUUUUCUUUUCUCCAGCUAUAUUUGGAUGGGAGAGAAUAGAGAAGGCACAACAAGAAGAGUAUUAUAUGGUUGAUUAAAAUGGAAGUAGACUCCAUAUAGGGAAUAUAUUCUUGGACUUUGUAUGGAGCCAUGAAUCUGCAAAUACUGUGAAAGCCAUCCACUACAUGGCUGCUAGCCUCCUCCCAGUAGACUCAAAUAAAGGAAAAGCUUCAUGAGAACCACCACUCCUCUUAAUGUUCCCCCAGCAACAGCAAGAGUAUGGGCAGCUAUACCAGGAAAUCCCAAUUGGAUGGCCCCCCAUAAGGGUCUUCCUCCAGGGUCAAACCAAGGAUGGGAAACUUGGAAGCCCCUGAAUAGACUCAGAAGUGGAGUGGGCUGAUCAAAAGACAACUUGGCAACAUGGUACUACCUAAAACAAUCCUCCACCUUGUGCGACUGUGGAGCAGAACAGACAACUCCGCAUCAAUAUGCUUGUCCGCAAUGUCCUGCCCUAUGUACAGAGGAAGAAUUAUUUGAGGCCACAGACAAUGCAUUCGUUGUUGCCUGUUUUUGGUCAAAAGAUAUUUAGCCGCUUGUGCUCCUUCUAUUUAUCAGUUUUAUACUAAUUUAUGUAAUGUUUUUGAUAUGAAAUAAAACUAAACUACUUCUACUACAAUAAGAAUAAGAAUAAGAUGUGCUGGAGGACAGACUAUAUCUAGAGAGGAUAUAUUUUGUUAGACAUGUAUAAAUGAAACCAUGGAUACAGGAAUCAUUUUACUUUAUUUCCUUCUAGUUCUUAACUAACUACCACAGGCAGUGUAAUACUUUGAAUUUCAGAAUGAUUUUAUUUAUUAGAAAGAUUGGUGGGUUGUGAUGGAAGUUUAGUCCAUUGUAUCUGGAGGACUUAUGGAGCCCUCAGUGGCACAGUGGAUUAAACCACUGAGCUGCUGAACUUGCUGACUGAAAGGUUGGUGGUUCGAAUCCGGGGAGCAGAGUAAGCUCCCGCUGUUCGCCCCAGCUUCUCCCAACCUAGCAGUUCGAAAACAUGCAAAUGUGAGUAGAUCAAAAGGUACUGCUCCGGUGGGAAGGUAACAGCGCUCCAUGCAGUCAUGCUGACCACAUGGCCUUGGAGGUGUCUAUGGACAAUGCCAGCUCUUCGGCUUAGAAAUGGAGAUGAGCACCAACCCUCAGAGUCGAACAUGACUAGACUUAACGUCAAGGGAAAACCUUUACCUUUUACCUUAUCUAGAGGACCUAUGUUGCUGGAAGCUGACUGUGCAGGUUUCAAAGCUAGAACAGAGUUUUAUUUUAGAUGAUCACCAAAAAGUCCUGCUCCUGGCAAAGGAUUUAAAACAAAGCAAAAUAAAUUAUCAGCUUUUAAAAAUAAAAAUGAUUUAAGAAAAAAAUAAACAUUUUAGGCUCGUAAUAGAAUAAGCCUAGAGAUUGAGUAGCAAUGACCUUCAAGUUCAACCCAAGAAAAGCAAAAGUCUAGCAGUGAAAGUAGUUGUUCUCAGGUAUGUGUCUAUGAGCCUUCCGACCACCUGUUUUCUAGGGUUUUCUUAUUGUCGUGUGCCUUUAAGUUAUUUCUGACUUAUGGUGACCCUAAGACAAACCUAUCGCAAAAUUUGUAUAGAGAGGAUUUGUCUUUGCUUUUCUCUAAGGUUGAAAGGGUGUGAUUUGCUCAAGAUCCACGACCAAGCAGUAAUUUGAACCUUCGUCUCCUGAUGUCCAUCACUCAAGCCAUUAGACCGUGCUUUCUUUAUAUGUGACUCCGCUUUCUUUAUAUGUGAUUCCAAAAGAAAAACAUAGCACUAUCCUGUCCAAGUCAACUUCCUUUUAAGAUUCCAUUGGCUUCAGGGGUAAAACAACUAUUGAAAAUGUCAAAGAGACUUUGAAGUUCUUAAGUGGAUCAUUCUGUUCAGAAUGUUAUCUCAACUUCAUAUUUGUAGUGACCUUCAAAGUAAAAGGUAAAGGCUUCUACCUGACAUUAAGUCUAGUUGUGUCCGACUCAUCUUCAUUUCUAAGCCGAAGAGCUGGCAUUGUCCGUAGAAGCCUCAAAGGUCAUGUGGCUGGCAUGACUGCAUGGAGCGCUGUUACCUUCCCACUGGAGCAGUACCUAUUGAUCUACUCACAUUUGCAUGUUUUUGAAUUGCUAGGUUGGCAGAAACUGGAGCUAACAGCAGAAGCUCACUCCACUCCCCGGAUUCAAACCGCUGACCGUUCAGCAAGUUCAGCAACUCAGUGGUUUAACCUGCUAUGCCAUCGAGAGCUCCUGACCUUCAAAAUACUAUGUGUUUAUACGUAUAUGCAUUAUUACAUCUAAUGAGAAAAGAUGCCUUCCUAAUGGGAUUUAAAGGACUAUAAACAUUUUUAAUCUCCAACUUCUGAGCCUCUUCAAAAUUCCAGAAAAAUCCUUCUUUAAAAGCAGCUUAAGUGAAUCAAUGAAAUUUGUUGUUUUUUGUUAAAAGUCAAAACAUUAAUGUUGAGUGUGCACUCUAAAUAUCUGACGUUAUAAAGAAUGUAUCAAAAUAUCUUUUAUUGCUUUUAAUAAAUGUUAUGCAUUUUA